AUGGCCCCUCCAAAUCAGCUCGUCCAGUGGCUCAGGCGUAACUAUCCUAGACCUCAAAUAGACCCUGAAUGGCUUGAUGGAUGCUAUGAAUGGAUCGAAGGUGAAUUUCACCUCAACCCGGCCACUCAACUCGACGAAAUCAUCCAGCACGUCGAAUCCCAGCUCCUUCAGUCCAAUCUUUCAGAUUCCAUGGUUGCAGGGACGGGACUUCCGACGAACAUCCCGCCCAUCGACAAGACUAUGAUUACUGGACCUGCCGUCCUGGUUGAAAUUAUAUCUAUCACUGACGUCGGCCAGAGCGCCUUCACGUUGCAGAAUGUCAGGCAGGCAAGGAUAGAUCGCGCAGACUUGGCAGGCCUAGCAGGUGACGGUGACGACGAUGAGGGACCCAUCCCAAAAUAUCCUCGCUCGAUGUUACGGUUCCAGCUGAGCGAUGGCUCAACCGUUCUGCAAGCUUUCGAAUACCGGCGCUUACCCGAACUCGAGUUGGGCGAAACCCCCCUCGGAUACAAGAUGCUCAUUAAGGAUGUUCGCGUCCGCCGAGGCCUUGCAUACCUCGAGCCCAAGUGCGUCGUCAUGAAGGGCGGUCAGAACGAAGAACGGAACGCGAUGCAGGAUCACGACUUCGCGCGAUCCCUGCGUUUACGACUCGGCCAACCAGACAUCGAAGACGAAGACCAACCAGAACUGCCACCUGCAGCUCCAUCUGCAGCCCCUGCACAGGUCAAUCGUGCACCACCUGUGGCUCCUCCUGCUGCCCCAGCUCAAGUCAAUCCGGCAGCACCACAAGCACCUACCCCAGCACGCGUCCCAGGGAUAGCAGCAGCAGGUAUCCGAUCCCCCUUCCGCGAACUUUCCGAGCCACCAUCACCCAUGGCGGGCCCUUCGCGUCCAUCCUACGACGAUGACGAGGGGCAGCCACGCCGACGCAAGGUCCCCAGCCGUGCAGGGCGCAGUCCAUCACUCGCGCCGCCCCCGCGUAACCGCCACGAGACGCAGUCGCACUACUUCACAUCCGCGUCUGGCUCAGGCGCAGGCAGCUCCAGCAGCAAGGGCAAGAACGCAGAAAUCCUCGCGCGGGAGCGGCUCUUCUCUCCGCACCGCCAGCCACCGGUCGUCGUCCCAGACAGCGACGACGAAGAGCCCGCGCCGAGCGCCACUGCUGUCGCGGGCCUGGGCCCAUCUCACCAGCCACCGAGCCCCCGCACUGCGAGUUCGGACGACUUGUUCGACGAGAUGUAUGCGGACCCAGCGCUUUUUGAGCAGCUGGACCGUGUCGAGCGGGAGGCGAUGGCGACACAGACAACGAGCACAACGGCUGCGAGGAUUGCUACGGCACGAGCGAUCGGUGCAGCCUCUACGGGGCCGUCCUCCAUUUCUGCCUCGGGGUCGGGCUCCGGACCGUCAGGAAGCUCAAGUGCAGUCGAAAGUGGCUUGAGUGGUGUAGGGACUGGUUCGAAUUCGAGUGGGAGUAAUCGUGGUGGGGGUGCAGACGCGGGCGAAACGGAGAGAACUGCUGUGGACCGAGUCAACCUGGAUAUCGUCACCAUCGACUCGGAUGAAGAGGAUAAGGAGAACGUGCCUGUGCCUACCCGUCAUGUGCGCAGGCGGACAGCCAGGAUGGCGGUGACCAGAGGCGAUGUCAUCGAGUUGUCGGAUUGA